GAUAACGGUAUUGCAGCUAUAUAAGCGAGUGUAACUAUUUAUCACAAGUCUGCUUAACGUGAAGCCCUUAGUGUUAGCAUUCAAGAGACAGACGAACCCUCAACUGCAAAAUGGGGGAUGGUAUUCGUGGCAUUUUUAAAGACAAUACGACCACAGAUUGUGACGUGAACCUUCUUCUGUUCGGCGAAACAGGAGGCGGAAAGUCAACUUUCAUAAACUCCAUUUCGAACUACUUCAAUUAUCCCAAUUUCAACAAAGCGCAACAAGGAAAAAUCGACGUUCCAAUCCCCAUGAGCAUAAACAUGUCGGAAGGUGACGAAGUUCAUGGUACACCAAACGACAACGAAAUGCACAAUAACGUCGAAUUUUCCACCCAAGAAGUCAAAGUUUACUUGUUUCCCACCAAAAUGGACGGCAAAACCUUCAACCUGAGACUGAUUGACACGCCAGGAGUUGGAGAUCCCAGAGGCGUGGAACACGACGACGUCAAUCUGGAGAACAUUCUCGCGUACUUGGCCACACUUCAAAAACUCCACGGCAUUUGCUUUGUGUUGAAGUCGAACCAGACGAGAUUAACGAAGUUUUUCGUGUAUUGUCUGAAGCAGAUAUUGACACGACUGGAUAAAAGCGCCAGUGAGAACAUCAUUUUUAUUACUACUUAUAGCAAAACGACGCGUUAUUCAGCUAGAGAGACGAAGCACCACUGUUUGAUACCCCUGGUUAAAGACAUACAGUCGAGACCUCCACAUGUCAAUAUACCUCUGACUAAUGACAACACAUUUGCUUUGGAUAAUGAAACCAUGACAGCUUUGUUGGAAAUCAAGGAAGGCAUAACUUUCAGCAAAUACGAGAUGGAAGGUCUUGAGCAGAGCUGGAAGGUAUCGUCAAACGAAAUUCGACGAUUGUUGAAGUACAUUAUAGGGGAUUUUAAAAAAGGAGCUUUGAAACCGCACGACGUUGGAAACACUAUCAGUAUUAACGAAGUCAGGUUUCUCAUCGAACAACUAUCAACUCCUAUUGCGAAGGUGUCAGAGCUGAUCCAAGACAACAUCAGACUGCUCGACAGACAUAAAGAACGGUUCAAUUUAGAGACCCAAACUGUAGACCAGCUCAAAACUCAACUCUACAUACCUUGCGUUGAUCUUGAAGUGAAAGAACUAGUACAACCUGUAACCGUUUGUACGGACACUAAAUGUGCAGACGUCGUAAAGGUCAAUAACGUUACGCAGUGGCACUACAAACAGAGAUGCCAUAAUCCCUGUUACUUGCCUGGGAUUCCCAAAGAGAUGAUCGGAGAUCCCGGACUUAUCAGUUGCGCUGCCAUGUCACACGGAAAGUGCACACUUUGUGGAUGCCCCUGGCAAAUCCACAUGCACAUCUACAAAGAAACCAAGAAAAUCAACGUUCACAAAGAAGACCAAAGCGUCAAAAACGCUAUAAAAAAUAAAGAGGAGAUUCGAGUUCAUAUUGAGAAACUGAUGAAAGAUUUAAACAAACGGAGAUCAGAACUGGAAGGAGAAAGCCAAACUAUUUCUAGAAGCAUCGCCAAAUUUUCGUACUUCUUGCAGGAACACGCACUGACGCCCUUCAAUGACGCCUACAGUGACUACCUGAACCAGCUUAUUAGAAAUGAAAAGCAUCUAGGAAAGGACGCUGAUCAGGAUGUUAUCGACAAACUGGAGAAACUCCUCGCCCAGCACCUAGCACUGCAGAAAACGUUUCAAGAAAGCUCGCAAAACUUUCAAAAGGAAGGUACAAACAGCGAUUUGACCCCUGCAGGAAUCAAGAAGAGUUUGACGGAACUUUACAAUUUGAAACACAUAGGGAGAACCAUACAAGAACUCAAACAAAAAUCGAGCAGUUGUCGCCACGGAGAAACCCAGAAAAAUUUCAGCUGCGUUGUUUCGACAGCAAUCGACUUGGAUCAGAAAACCGCCAAAGAAAAACGUGAAAAAUCUUCACGAGAUGAAAAACCCAUUCGCAAAAAUCGUUCUUCUAAGAAGUCAAAUCGAGCCAAAAAGAAUUCUUCUCCUCAGUCAACAGAUUCAGAAGAAUCCUACGACAGCAGCACUGACAAAAAAUCGUCCCGGAAGGGUGAACAUUCUAAGCACGAAGACAAUCCUGAUAGCGACGAUUCUACCAAAAAAGGUGUUAACCGAUCCAAGAACCAAAAAGAGCCUAAAUCCACCAAGUCUUCCAAAACUGACAGCAAUGUAUCGAAAUCUGAGCAAGAAACUCGCGCUCGGAAUGAUAAAUCGUCUAGAAGUGGACGUAAGAAACACGCAGGAAGAAAAUCUAGUCCGGUUGGGCAGCGUUGCGAAUCGGAUGAUGAACACCCUUCUAAAUCGUCCAAAAAGGAGCGCAGUACGAAAGAAAAGGGUCCUAAAAAUCAGAAGAAGCCCAAAUCUGAGGACGAAAAUUGUGACUCGGAUGAUAAACGUUCGAUCAGAUCUUCCAGCGAUCAUGAAGCUAGAAACGGCGCUAGUUUAAAUGAAACAAGUUUCAAAGAAGAUGAAAUUCACAAACACCACAAGUCAGAUGAUGAGCGUCCUAAGAAGUCCAAUGGUGCCAAAAAGAACUCUUCUUCUCAGUCAACAGAUUCAGAAACAUCCUACGACAGCAGCACUGAGAAAAAAUCCUCCAGGCUUCAUCGUCGCAGAAGCCAAAGCGACGAUUCAGAUGACCGCAAUUCUGUAAAAUCGUCCCAGAAGGGUAAACACGAAGACAAUUCUGAUAGUGACGAGUCUACCAAAAAUAGUGAUAACCGAUCCAAGAAUCAAAAAGAGCCUAAAUCCACCAAGUCUUCCAAAACUGACAGCAAUGUAUCGAAAUCCAGAAAGGAGCCCAGUACGAAAGAAACGAGUUCUAAAAAUCAGAAGCCCAAAUCUGAGGACGAAAGUUGUGACUUGGAUGAUAAACACUUGGUCAGAUCUUCCAGCGAUCUCGAAACCAAAAACGGCCCUAGUUUAGAUGAAACAAGUUUCGAAAUGCUUUGUAGCACGCUGUAGUAAACAUUAAAGCUUU